AUUCCCUCGCCCGUGUUCCGCUCGUUCACUCCUCGCAUCGUUGGUGGUUUUUCUGCUUUUAUUACCGACUCUUCUCUCCGGUAGCAGCCGUUUAACGAGCCCCGCGGUGUCGGUGUGAGCAGUAUGGGUCCCGUCGAGCUGUCGUCCUGCAGCUCCUCCACAUGUCCGUCUUCUCUCAGAGUUUCUCUCCCUGCGGUCGAUUUCUAGCAGCUGGAAACAACUACGGAGAGAUUGCUGUGUUCAGCCUGUCGGCAGCUCUGAGUCCAGACGCCACCGCUCUGAGUCAGAAACCUGUUCUCACCUUCACAGCCCAUGAAGGCCCCGUGUUCUCCCUCCUCUCCACUGACUGUCACCUCCUCAGUGCAGGAAACGGAGAAAUCAGCUGCUGGAGCUGGAGCGAGCUCAUCAAGAAGGUGACUGUCUCUUUAAGUCUUGACAGGUGGUUCACAGGAGCACGCGGGAGCACGCCUGAGCACGCGGGAGCACGCCUAAACAUGCCUAAACACACAGGAGCACGCCUAAACACACAGGAGCAUGCCAAAACAUGCCUAAACACACAGGAACAUGCCUAAACACACAGGAACACGCCUAAACACACAGGAACACGCCUGAACACGCCUAAACACGCAGGAGCACGCCUAAACACACAGGAGCACGCCUAAACACACAGGAGCACGCCUAAACAUGCCUAAACACACAGGAACAUGCCUAAACACACAGGAACAUGCCUAAACAUGCCUGAACACGCCUAAACAUGCCUGAACACGCAGGAGCACGCCUGAGCACACAGGAGCACGCCUGAGCACACAGGAGCACGCCUAAACACACAGGAGCACGCCUAAACACACAGGAACACGCCUAAACACGCAGGAACACGCCUAAACACGCAGGAGCACGCCUAAACACGCAGGAGCACGCCUAAACACGCGGGAGCACGCCUGAACACGCAGGAGCAUGCAGGAGCACGCAGGAACACGCGGGAGCACGCCUAACACGCGGGAGCAUGCAGGAGCACGCGGGAGCACGCCUAACACGCAGGAACACACGGGAGCACGCCUAACACGCAGGAACACGCGGGAGCACGCCUAAACACGCGGGAGCAUGCAGGAACACGCCGGAGCUGUGGACCCUUUAAUGGAGGAACGUUCUUUAACACAUUGAGUCCAGUUGAUCUUUUUCACACGAUAAUAAAUGUUUUCUUUAAACUCUG